ACCUGCAGUGGUUCAUUCGUUUCGUUUUGGUGCUUAAAUUUCACAAAUUUUUGAUGCUUUAGUUUUCGUUAGUUGAGAUUAAUGAUUCAUUAGAGUAAAUCAAAAGUUGUGAAAUGUAUCUCUAAGAACAGUGUCACUGCGGAAUAUUAGUGAAACCCGUCAAUAGUGAAAACUUGUGGUCAAAUUUAAGUGAACAAAUUUGGAAGCGCAAAACAGUGAAUCUGUUUGGGGAAAGAAGAUAAUCUUUAUCUUAUCGCAAGCGGGACGUCGGUUGGAUGCGGAGUAAUAGUAGCAGUGAACGUUAUGUGCAAGGUGUCAUUUAUAUGUGUUUGUGAUAAAGAAAAUGAUGGACGGCAAAACAGCUACCAUAUUGGCUAUUGUACUGCUCACUGCAUCGACAGCAACAGGCACAGUAUUGGAAGAAUUUUGCCCGGUACAAUGCCACUGCGGAUAUAAAAGUUUGGACUUCUUUGUAGACUGUUCCGGUCUGGGAUUGACUGAGUUACCUCAUUUCCCGGAAAUCAACAUUCAAAUACUAGACCUUUCGGAAAAUGCGUUCACUUCCGUACCGGUCGGGUUAUCUCAAUUUACAGACUUACGUUACUUGGACCUGUCGUCAAAUCACAUUUCGACCAUUGCAGCAAACUCUCUGGACGGACUUAGCUCACUCAAACAGUUGAAUGUUGCCAACAACAAUAUUUCGAAUUGGGCAGAUAUUUCCCCAAACGAGUUACUGCAGAAGACAUUAUUUCUGGAGGAACUGAGCCUGGCGGAGAAUCAAUUCACCAGUUUUUCAAGUAACGAUAUUUCGUUGGUAAUGAUCAGUGCAUCCUUGAAAUAUCUGGAUUUGAGCAACUGUAAAAUAACAAAAGUAUCGGGGAAAGAAGUCAUUCAAGGAUUGAUCAACUUGGAACAUCUGAAACUUAAUGGGAAUCCGAUUCAUGGAAUUUCAGAUAUGACUUCUACUAGUUUGAAAACGCUUGAUUUGAGUAACUGUAAGCUGAGUACUCUCCAACCGACUGCAUUAAAUGGUUUGGAGGCUUUGGGAUACGUGAAUUUAGCUAAAAACUACCGACUGUCACUAUCAACUCAUGGAAUCGUGACAUCCCAAACGUUGAAACGGAUUAACCUUUCGAACUGCAAUAUGGACUCGAUCGAUCUGGACGGAUUUCCAAACCUAAUGACAGUGAUCUUACGUGGUAACAUGAUUCGGCAACUGACAAGGGAAAGUUUUGCCUGGAAUUUACUUCUGGAAAACAUAGACUUGUCGUCCAAUGCGAUCAGUUCAGUUCAGAGUGAGGCCUUUCGAGGGUUGACGCAUUUGAAAAAUUUAGACCUUUCAUUCAACAUGAUUAAGCAACUGGAUGGGAAGGUCUUCAAGGACAAUGAACUGCUAACGCACAUUAACCUGAGCCGCAACUAUCUGUGGCGAUUGGUGCGAAUUACCGCACCGUCGCUAAUUCAUCUCAAUAUGAGUUGGUGCGAGAUAUUGGCCUUCGAUUCGGAUGCCCUGGCCGGGAUGCCUUCGCUAGUUGAUUUGGAUCUGUCUGGGAAUUUGCUGUUUGAAAUACCGGACAGAGUGAUGUCAGACUCACUGCAAACGUUGGAUUUGAGUAUGUGUCGAAUAACGACGAUAAAAAAUACCACCUUCUCGAGACUGCCGGCACUGUUGCGGCUCAACCUUUCCGGAAAUCGAUUUACGACGCCGUUUCGAAUAGAUUAUUUUGACGAUAAUCCUUACCUGAGCGAAAUUUGGCUCGGUGACAAUCCUUGGCGGUGUGAUUGCCGCAGUUCGGAUUUCUUUCACUUCUACGUGUUCCUAACGGAGCCACCGAGAAGGAUCAGCGAUAGAAAACAUCUGCGCUGUACCAGUCCGGAAGAUUUCUACGGUGCCACUUGGGAAGCUGCAUGCCGGUCAGUUUGGUACCCACAGGACGUAAUGGGAACCACUGAAAGAAUUUGGACCUACUUCAUGCUGGCGAUUCUAGCCUUUUUCGGAUUCUUUUGUAUUUACUCCUUGGUAAGGAGAUGCAUUGAUUCCCGGCGAAAAAUGGUAGCCGAACGGGAGCGUCAGGAAAAUAUACAGGAAAUGCGAGAGAUUGCCCGUGAUAAUCAAUUACGAAUGCGACAGGAAGCUCAAUUGAACGCACCGGAUCUGCGUGAAUCACGACCGCCGGCAUACGAGGAUGCCAUUCUGUUGCCAAAGCUGGAUGCCGCUUCCUUUGCAUCCUUGGACGAACUGUUGUUUCGUGGCAAACGCAAGAAGAAACGAAGACAACGCCAGUCCACCGAAGACGUGCAAACACAUGCCAACGAAGUCGAAGAAGAUGUGGCUCUACGACCGGAAAAUCGAUCCAGAAGCGAGAAUGUUCUUUCCGUUAGAGGAACGGUUUAUCAAGAGCCCACAGACACACUGAACCGAGAGCAACACUCUCCCAUCUACCAAAGACCAACGAGCGGUACAGUCGUGACCGCAACAGUAGUUGCCAAUGUUCACGCUUCACCUACCGGAUCGAGAGCUUCACAUCCGGUUCAACCUUCGACUAUACCAGAGACGGAACUACACUAUCAUUCCACCGAUAUCCUUGAAGCGUUAAAUAAUACCAGAACAUCGAACUCGAUAGCAUCCCGAUCACUAGGUCAGCCUUCGCUAAGUCCAGGACCCUGUCAGAGUACGGAACAGAUACAAAAUUUCAACGAUCGAAGCUAUGAGAACAGUCCUUACGCACCGAGGAAAGUCAAACCUCUUCAGCAUCUGAAUCCUAACGGAAGCAUUGAAGAAAUAACCGACUUCGAAGACAAAGAAUCUAGUCCUUAUACGAAACGUCGACUGAAUCACAUGGCCAGCUUUAAGGGAGAUCGACAGAGACCGGCUCUGCCAGCACGUCCCCCACCGGUAGUUCAGCAGAGCGCAUCGCCUAACGAUGACACCCUGGAGAUUCUGGUCGUGGAGGAUUACUACUCGAAGGAACAGCACAAGGGUGACUUGGAUGAGUACGCACUGCUAACCGAUGAGGAUGUUCGGAAACCGACUUCGACUUCGGGCGGAAAAAACGAAGGGACUGGAACAGAGUCAAGCGAUAGCAGCAGUAUUGAAGUUAUUCCGAUUAGUAGGGAAAAAGUGAUACCAUAGUUAAUGACAGUACGUGCUCUUGUUAGAACGAAUGAUUAAAAAUUAUAUUAUUAGUUUCAUAAAGAUAGUUACAAUAACGAAA